AUGUCUGAUCGCCGCACACCCGAGCGUCUUUAUGGCUACCCUCCCAUCAGGGGCUUACACCCGGUUGGACUCGGGACUCGUACCGGCACGGCCACACGUCAACCUGGUGAGAAUCCGGACGAAGAGGGCCGGCCACCCCGUGACUCCGAUUCUGUUCCACCGAAACCCGUCCCGACUCUAACAACCCUUUUCAGAUACGAGGCGAUUCUCCUCGCUCCUGGCGAGCAGAAGAUUGAGGUUGAGGUCGACACCCGUCUUCCCUCCGCCGCCAUCUUCACUUUUCAUAAGGAAGACCACACGUUGGCCAACAUGCUGCGCAGUCGUCUCCUCAAAACUGCACAUGUCACCUUUGCCGCGUACAAGGUUCCUCACCCCUUGACGCCCAACUUCAUUCUUCGUGUCCAGACUGACGGCACUGUCACUCCUCGCGAUGCUGUUAUUAAUGCAUGCGAGGCCCUCAUCAAGGACCUUGGCAUCUUGUCCCGCAACUUCACCCGGGAAUACGAGCUUUGCAAGAUGGCCAAAGCUGCCAACCAGCAGCAGAAGAACAUGGGUGAAUAA